GAUAUCCCUGUCUCUGUGCGAGUUUGUUUAUGUCCUCGUCUGUCUUUGGUUUAUUUCGUUUUUGUUUUGUUUUUUUACUGGCACGUACUGCUGACCCUUGGGGUCCUUCCGGAAGGCUACCCCCCAGGGCUGGUGGUGCGCACGUUCCACUAUUUAUUUAUUAUUUGUUUCUGAUUCUUUUGUUUUCUUGUAUUUUAUCGCUCUGCUAACCCUUGGGGUCCAUUUUAUUUUGGUAUACCUUUUCUAGGUACGUUAGCCUGUGACCACGGAAAUCGACCGAGUCAAGUGCUGGAUUAGUACGGAGAGAUUGAGACAGAAGGAGGUACUGGAUAGAGAGACCGGGAUGUGUCUAAUUGCUGUCGUCGUCGACGUCCUUAACAAUAUAGCAACGGAAACCGCCCUUCCUCCAUCAGUCCUGGGUGCGGAUGCGCCCAAAGCGGUCUCCUUUUCAAGCUCGGAUGCGCCGAUCCAGGCUGUGACCGUGUUCUGCAAGGGCAAGGCUGAAGUCACGCGUGUCAUCAACUUCUCGUCGCCGUCUAGCCUCGGUCGCCAUGAGGUGUGUCAGCGUUACAGCAGUUUAGGGAAUCCUACGCAGUUCGUGGUGGUGGAGGAUGAGGAUGGACAUGGGUCGUGUGUUCUCCGUUUUCUCGUCUUCUACAGAAUACAUUAUUAUGUAGAAAUUCGUUAG